GGUCAGACCUGUUUUAUUUUAUUUUACGAAAAAUAUCGUGUGCAUAACACGCGAUUUAUGUGGUUUCAACCAAAUGCUACCAAGCAUAAUAUUUAGUAGUGGUGUAUGAAGUGUCUAUGGGAAGGGCUAGCCUGCUGUGUACCCUAUUCCUGGCUGUGAUUGGCUGUCACCAUGCCCUCACCUGUCACUGUCAUUGUGGUGGGAGCUGGGAACCGUGGAGAAACAUAUGCCCAGUUCGCCAUAAUCCACCCUCAUCGUAUGAGGGUGGUCGGGGUGGCAGACCCCAGGGUCUUUGCCCGUCAGAAGCUACAGGAAGAGCACCAUAUUGCUGAGGAGAAUGUGCAUGAUGAUUGGCGUAGCAUUGCAGAGAGGGAGAAGUUUGCAGACGCAGUAUUUAUUUGCACCCCUGACCGGCUCCACAAGGACCCUGCUGUGGCGCUGGCCAAGCGAGGCUAUCAUGUUUUGCUGGAGAAGCCAAUGGCCGUGACUGCUGAAGACUGCAGAGAGAUUGUUGAGGCCUGCAUUCAGAGUCAUGUGAUGCUUACAGUCUGCCAUGUCCUCAGAUAUGACCCUACCAUCCACAAGAUAAAAGAGCUGAUUGACGGUGGCACGAUAGGAGAUGUGAUCCACAUUCAGCACCUGGAGCCGGUGGGAUUCUAUCAUUUUGCUCACUCCUUUGUUAGAGGGAAUUGGAGGAAUGAAAAGACGAGCUCAUUCGCCCUGUUGGCUAAGUCCUGUCAUGACCUGGAUCUCAUCCAUCACUGGGCGGGAGGCCGCAGGUGCGUGAAGGUGUCAUCGUUUGGGUCACUGAGCCACUUCACCAAAGAAAACAAGCCCCAGGGAGCUGCAGCGCGAUGCUUAGACUGUCCAGUAGAGGGAGCCUGUCCGUACUCUGCUUGCAAGAUCUACCUGGAUAGAGUUAGACAGGGAUGCGUGGGCUGGCCUGUGUCGGUGGUGUGCUCCAGCUCCGUGCCCGACAUCGAGUCUGUGACCGAGGCCCUGCGCUCGGGGCCCUAUGGCCGCUGCGUGUAUGAGUGCGAUAAUGACGUCUGCACCAACCAGGUGGUGAACAUGGAGUUUGAAGGGGGUCUCACUGCUGCUUUUUCAAUGGUGGCAUUCACAGAGGUGAUGAGCCAGCGCAAGACUACCAUAUAUGGUAGUAAGGGAGAGCUGCACUAUGAUGGGCAUAAGAUUCGAGUGUUUGACUUCCUCACCCAGAGGGCCACUGUACACACAGCACCCUCUGGGGUCCCUGGGAACUUCGGCAUGCAUGGGCACGGGGGGGCCGAUUAUCACCUACUGGACACUUUCAUCUCCGCUGUCUCUAGUGGAGAUCCGUCUCUGAUUCGCUCAGGCCCGGAAGAGACCCUGUCCAGUCACAGGCUGGUGUUCGAGGCAGAGCGUGCUCGCCGGGAAAACCGGGUUGUGUUCUGUGGCCAGGACAAACGGACCAAUGGGAUCGAGUGACCCAACCGGGGGCGGCGGCGACAAACUCCAAUCCCACUCACUGUGAGUGACACAGCCAAGAGAAUCCUGAAACUGUUCUCUCUGAUUUCCCACUGCGCAGCCACUGCUGUUAUCUACAUUCACUGCUUUUUGUCAACAACAAAUACUUACUUGACAGCUUUGCUUCAGAAUUCAUGAACAUGAAUUUAAUUCAGAAACAUGAAACAAUCAGUUUAACAUUCAUAUGCGGCUCAGUACUGAUAGAGUUCAAUCACAUACAGUAAAAGGGAUAUUAAAAUGAAGUACUAUUUUUUCAUAAGAGUUUUUCCUUUUGGAAAAACAUUUGAGUUUGAGGAAAGAUUUGAAACUUUCAAAUAAUAAAAACCAAAAAAGCAGUAAAGACUUCUAGCUAACAUGAAACCUAGGUGUCAGAAUGGAGUUGAUAAGCAACAAUAUAUAAAAAACUAUUUAUUCUAUUAUUUUUUUGUUUUACAAAAUUUUACAAACAAAAUAACAUGCAGAAAUAAUGCAUCUCUGUAAACUAUAUCCAACACUUAAAACCUGUUAAAAACACUAAAGAAAAAACACAAAAAGCUUUUGUUGACAGUAGUCGAGGUAAUUCAAAACUUGUAAGUGCUUAUAAUUUUUAUUUUUUAAUGUGAAAUGUAAAAUUGUAAGAAAAUGUUUGGGUGGGGGAGGCUGUGCUGGUGCUGUGCAGAUUUGUAAUGGGGCCUCCCCCCUUGUAGCCCCACCACUGGUUGACAGCAAUUGUGUGCCAAUUCAGUUGUUUACAAAGAACAUGUUUCCAUGUUGCACCACUGGAGGGAGCCGUUUCUCCAAACCACUAAAGUCUUCCAGCAGUUUCUUCCUUCCAACACUGUCUUUCCAACUCGAGCCACUGGGGGGAGACUAAACUUGUUAGGGAGCCCACUGUGAGGCCAAGAGGAAUUCUGAAAAGAUCAACUGAGUUCUGUGGUUCAGAUACCACACCGAUUUCACUGGGUCCCCCAAAAAUGUUACGUUCAAGCUCUGAGGAAGCAAAAUAAGACCAAAACUAAAUUGUUGAAUGAGGGGAACACUUUCUAUUGGCAAUGUAUAUCAGAAUUUAUUUAUACAAGAAAGGUACAGUUAUAACAAUUUUAAGUAUUGAGUGUCCUGUACAAAUAGACUUUUUUGUACACAAAUGUAAUAUUACAUUUUUCGAUUAUAUGUGUUGAUCACUGUAUUGAAUUUUGAACAUUUUGCCAGUUUUCACAAUCUAAAUGAAGUAACUAUUCACUUUGCAACCACUGCCUGCCUUUGUGUUGUUAUGGAUUUAAUCACUAUUCUGUUUCUGUUUAAAAAUGCUGCAGAAUGGAAACCGGCCUAUGUAGAAAUAUACAUUUUUUGAAUUAUGUGUUUAAAUCAUUUUUUACAUUAAAAUGAACUAUGGAUUG